AUGUUUGAUAUCACCAAAAUCGCCCGGCCCAAUAUCCUCACGUUGGAGCCUUAUAGAUGUGCUAGAGAUGACUUCAAGGAAGGUGUUCUACUGGACGCUAACGAGAACACCCACGGACCGUCGAUCCCAAAUAUCACUGCUGAAGAAACAGCUCUGGAGCUUAACAGAUACCCAGACCCCCACCAACAGGAAUUGAAGCAGCAGAUUUGCGACUUCCGUAACUCUGAGGCCUCUUUGGAAUCUGCUAUUGCAAAGAUCCCUAUUGUUGAUGGAAAGCCUGCCUCUCUAACCACCGAGAACCUGUGUCUUGGUGUUGGCUCUGACGAGUCGAUCGACUCUCUCAUCAGAUGUAUGGUUGCUCCAGGGAAGGAAAAGAUGCUCAUUUGUCCUCCAACCUACGGAAUGUACAACAUCUGUGCCGUGGUGAACGAUGUUGAGGUUGUCAAGGUGCCGUUGGACUUGAAAACGUUCCAGAUCCAACCAGAUGCUAUCAUUGAAAAACUAAAGGCAGACUCUUCAAUCAAGCUUGUCUACGUGACGUCUCCAGGUAACCCAACUGCCGCACAGAUCAAACUCGACCUGGUUGAGGAUCUUUUGAAAAAGGUUGAGAAUGCUGAGUGGAACGGAUUGGUCAUUAUAGAUGAGGCAUAUGUCGACUUCUGCAAAGUCGGAAGCUCUGUUUCCGUUCUGGUGAACAAGUAUCCGAACCUUGUUGUUUUGCAAACCUUGUCCAAGGCGUUUGGACUCGCUGGGAUUCGGCUGGGAAUCUGCUUUUCGACCCCAGCAGUCUCUUUGCUGCUAAACUCUAUGAAGUAUCCAUACAACAUUAGCAACCUGACCAGUGACGUUGCUCUGAGAGCUACCACCAAACCUGCUUUGGCCCAGAUGAGACAAAGAGUGAACACCAUCCUGGAGCAAAGAGCUAUUUUGCUGGACCGUCUCACUAAGCUUCCUGGAAUAGGAAGAAAUAUCGGUGGUUUGGACUCGAACUUCGUGCUCGUUGAAAUCCUCAACAAAGAAGGAGUUCCCGACAACGAGGUCGCCAACAAGGUUUACUUAACUCUUGCAGAGCAAAGAAACGUCGUGGUCAGAUUUAGAGGUAAGGAGCUUGGAUGUACAGGCUGUGUCAGAAUUACCAUCGGUACCAAGGAAGAGAACAAGACUUUGCUCGAAGAAUUCGAGAAACUUUCUUUCGGUUGCGUCGUCAACAGACCGCAGUGGCUUGGUAACAUCGGCCUUGGCGUCCUUGGAACACACCAUGAAUCCAAUCUGGCCGGAUGGGUAGGUUGGAAUGGUGCAGUAACCGUACUCUGCAACCGGGAAAACAUCCUUACAUGCCUUUUGCAAGUCCUUGAUGAUGUUGAGGUGCAACCAGAUGCUCUCUGCUUGAGUGGUGAUGACACCUUUCUCGGUGAGAGCGUUGUUAAGAAGCUGGAAGUAUGGUUUCUGGAACAGAGACUCUGCAGGACCUUCUGGGUCCGAGGAGUCGGUGAUGAUCACGUCAAAACAAUUCUUGUAGUCGUCCAAGAACUUGAAACCGUCUCCGAUAUGGACUCUGACCUUUGGGUGGGAGUAAGAUUUGGACAUCUCUGGGAGGUAUUUUUUGGAAACGGCAAUGACGUCCUCGUCAAUGUCACACAGAACGGCUUCCUCGACACACUCGUGCUUGACGACUUCUCUAAGGACACCACCAUCUCCUCCUCCAAUGACCAGCACCUUCUUAGGGUUUGGAUGGGAGUUCAGAGCAAGAUGGGCAAUCAUCUCCUGGUAGGCAAACUCGUCUCUUUCGGUGGCCUGGAUGACUCCGUCCAGAACCAAGACGUUACCAUAGUUAGAGGACUCGAACACCAGCACAUCUUGGUACUUGGACUUCUUGGAGUACAAAACCUUGUUCACCUUGAGCGACAUGGCCUCGCCGGGCCACAUGGUGUCGCUAACCUCGGCGAACCAGCCGUCCUUGAUCAUUGGGUGCGAAAGCUCAGACAUUGGAAAAAAUUUACAAAAUUACAUGGGCACGAGCUCCUUUAUAUAGCACCACCAUGA